CCUGGCUGAGCUGGAGGUCAGAAGCACCAGACAGACUGAGUCUCAUUGAGAAGCUGAAAAAAAAUCAAGUUUACAAGUUUAACUUGUGUGUAUUUCUGGGUAACUGACUACUGUCCAAUAGCUGCAAUAAUGCCCAUAGUAAGUUCACUUGGCCCGCUGGACAUGUACAUCGAUAAGCAGGAGGGAGUUGCUCUGAAGGCUGAUAAUGGAAACUUCUUGAGCUGCAUAGGAACUAAUGAGUCGAUGUACCUUGAACCUGCAAAAGCAAACAAAGACCAGUGGUGCAAAUUUCAAGUCUCAAAAUGCCCAGAUGGGAAAGUCCUUCUGAAAGAUCCAAGGGGAAAAUAUCUGAGUAGAUAUGAUGAAGGUGGCAUUCAGUACAUUAGACCAGUGAAGUCUUCCCCAGAUGAUUACUGUAAAUUUAGUGUCUUUACUGACAACAAUAAGAUCCUCCUCAGAGCUGACAAUGGAUUGUAUGUGAGUAGAAUACAGAGAGAGAGACAGAAUAUCGAGGCAGCAAAAGAAGGGCCAGAUGAGUGUUGUAAAUAUGACGUAAGCAUUGGCGAUGUUGUCGAACCAUCUUUUACAAUCCUCAGUAUUGAAGUCAAAGAUUUUCAGCCAGACAAAAUCAAAACACCUACUGCUGUAACAGAACAAGCCUACACUAACAAUACCAGCAUUAAUCAAAGUCACACUUUCAAACUGUCUUGGACUGACAGAACCAGUGAAACGACCACCUGGAACCACGCUUGGGGUUUCAGUUCAACGUUGUCUUUUGAUGUACUAUUUGUAAAGUGUAGUGCCACAGUGUCUUACAAUGGAUCAUAUCAGAAAUCCUCUACCUUGGAGAAGACAAUAACAGUUGCUGAUGAGACCACAAUUACUGUUCCAUCAAAGAAAAAGGUUGUGGCUCAGUUAAUUGUUAACAAAAAUGAUAAUGCUGUUGUUCCAUUUAGAGCUAAAAUUAAGAAAAUCGAUUGCAAUGGCACUGAAACAAUCUUAACUGAAGAGGGAACUUGGAAAGGAAUUUUAUACACUAAUGUGACUAUUGACGCAUCAGAACAACCAAUAUAGAAGGAGGUUUAGGGACAGGCUUACUUUCACAUGUUUGGUAAAUCAUUUUAUUUGAAUUCCAACUGCAGCUUUUUAGAAUUACAAACAGAUUCUGAAGAUACAUGAACACAAAUAUAAUUGUUACUAUUUUAACCUGUCAUAUGCUUUCAUUGCAUGAUCUUCUUAUUCUUACAUUUGCACAAUUUCCUCACGCAAGCUCUUGUGUCCCUCAGACUAAAUCUAACAACUUAAAAAAUUACAUUGUUGAUUUCAAAAAAGCUAACAACCGCUUUAUUUGAUUUGAUUUUCCAUCCAUUUUCUGAAUCUUCUACUUCCAGUAUAUGUCACAGGGUGUCGGAUCACAUGACAGAUGCAUUGGGCAGCCAAGCCACAAUGACAUACACUUUGGGGGACCAACAUAAAAACUACACAUCCUUCAAAAACAGCUUUGUCUACUUCCACAAAAUUUUGUAUUUACUUUAUUUUUCAUGCAAUU